CGCAAAGUGACGACACCGUGCAAGGCGGGUUCCAGUGUUGUGUGUGGACUGUGUGUGUUUCUUCAUCGGGUUUUCUUGAUUAGUGAAUGUGCUCCUUCAUCUCAAGGUGUUGCCCGUCCCGAAACGCCGAGCUAGCGGACGACCCAGUGACGGCAAGCAUUCCGACGUCGCCCCAGCGGAGGAUGGCGAUCUGUUGACGAUCCCCGGUGAUGCGAGUUUCAGCAAACAGCCAGUCGCGGCAUGAGUUCGGUCUGGAAGCGACUGCAAAGGGUCAACAAGCAUGCAGCCAAGUUCCAACUGGUGGCCUCCUUUCGAGAGCUGGUGGUCACCGGUAGCAGAAAAUGGCAGCCACAUAAGUUACUUGUCAUAUGGACACGGAGGGGACGCCGGGUGGCCACCCAGGCGAGGUCGUGGGAGCCCACUAUCCGCGAUCCGUAUCAAGGGCGUGUCGCCUGGCCCGUGCCGGAAAAUGUGGAGGUGUCCGUCACGCUGUUCCGCGAUCCAAACAGCAACGUCUUUGAGGACAAGGAAUGGAGCUUUGUCAUCGAAGAUAUCUCGGCUCAGGGCAAGCGGCGGCACAUAGCGGUCGGCGUGAUCAACGUGGCCAAGUUUGCACGUCCCGAGCCAACACAGACGGAGGUGAUGCUGCACUUGCGGCCGCUGACGCCAAAGUGCAGCGCGGCGCACUUGCAGCUCAUGUUGUCGUGCAGUCUGCUGCGCGAAGGAAAGGCCACAGAUGAGGACAUGCAGAGCAUAGCGAGCCUGCUGAGCGCAGCACCCCUGGCGGCACCGGACUAUGCCAACCUCGAGGACUUCGAAGAGGAAGCGUCCCCGCAGGCCUCGGCGCAGCUCUCGAGGCUGGCUGCCGACUGCUCGAGUCUCCUGAGCGCCGGCGACAGUAGUCCCGCGCCCUCCCCUGUCAACACGGAGAACGACCUCGACCUGUCUCUGCGGAGCCCAUCCGCUGCAGUGAUGGUCGUCCAACCACCGCCUCCGCCUCCUGAGCCUCCUGAAACCGACAUAAACCUGAGCAAACAAGCUGAAGCCAUGGCCGAAAGCUGGGAAGCACCAUCGGAGCCAGGUGAGGACUUGCUGACGUGGAGCCAGCGCAUGACCGAAGGCUACGAGGGGGUCAGGGUGACCAACCUGACCACCUCCUGGCGAAACGGCAUGGCCUUCUGCGCUCUCAUACACAGCUACCGCCCUGAGCUCAUCGACAUGGACUCCCUGUCACCCCACGACAUCUCGGGCAACUGCAAGAAGGCGUUUGAGGCGGCGGCGUCUCUGGGAGUUUCUCGGCUCCUGGAUCCGGCCGACAUGGUUCUCCUGACGGUGCCGGACAAGCUCGUUGUGGCCACGUACUUGCACCAGCUGCGACAACAGCUCAAUGCACCCCCCGAGCUGCAGCGACCCCUGCACGACGCGCCGCGGCCGUCUCCGAUCUCUUUCACGGCCAGCGACGAGGCCGCGUCGACGCCUGCAGAAGCAAUAACAAACUUCGUACGCACCUCUACGCCUGUAAGUAAUGCCAGCAAUGUGCCUUCUUCCCCUAUGCCGGCAGACACCCUCCCCACCGAAGAGCACCUAAACAAACAAGGCUCGAACGAAAGAAUACCAAACAAACGCCGGCCGUCAACGGAAGGAAGUCCAAACAGAGAAGGCUCCGCGGAACAAAGUUUAAGCAGGCAAUCUUCGACGGAGGAAAGCUCAACAGGACGAGAGUCGAGGGAAAGAAGUGUAAUAAAGAAGCAAGGGUCGGCGGAGAAGGUCGUAAACAGGCAGGAGUCGGCCGAGAGGAACUUAAAGACGCAGGACUCCGCGGAGAAUAACGCGAGCAGGCGAGGCUCGACAGAGAGAGGCUUAAGCAAGCGGAACUCGUCCGAGAGGAGCCUUAGUCGGCAAAGUUCGACAGAGAAGAGUUUAAUGGAACAGUCGUGGACCGAGAGGAUCCUUAAAAUAAAGAUUCCUGUGGGUGACAAGUCAACAAGUCCCACUCCAAAGGAAGGUGCACAGAUGGGGCCGCCGUUGAUGACGCGGCAGCAGCUGAUGAACCCUUUCGACUCGGAUGAAGAGGACACUGAGAAGACAGGCGUGGAGACGCAAGAAACUGUACCUGAGAAGACGGAGACGCGCGUGCCCUGUCGAGUGCUGGACCUGUCGCCGACGAGGCAACCCUCGCCUCCGGACGCCCUCGUGUCACCGCUCAUCGAUCCCAAGAAGGCAAGUGUCACUAGGCCGUCUAGUAGGCUCGUCGAACUGCAGGAGCGGGCACGCAAGCUCCUGGAAGAAGCCCGCCAGCCACCGGCCGGCCGCGAGGUCAGCCCGGGCUCACUCGAAGAGCGGCAGCACCAAGAGCAGCUGCGAGAGCGGGCACGGCGCAUAAUCGCUCAGGCCCGACAGGGGCACCACAACAACAACAACAACGUCAGCGAGCCCGGCACUCCCGUCACGCCCAGCGCCCAGACUGCGAACGGACUCAAGGAGUCCGCCGAGGACGGGGCCAGUCGGGAUGACCUGAAGGCCGAGCAGACCGCUUCGUGGAGCGUACGACUCUCCGAGGGUAGCUCCUUGCGGCCUGCCAGGUUUCACCAGUUCCAGAAGAGGUGCAUAGGCGGCUCUGAGGAUUCUCAACGGUCUGAGGAAUUGAGUCGAGAUAGUGAGCUGUCUAGUACUUCACGGCGGCGGCAGACCUACGUAGAGCUGGAGUUGGAGGCUCUGGAGCGGGAGCGGCAACGGGUAGAUGCCCAGGCCGAGCGCUUCGAGCCGUACCUGCGGCAAGUUAUGAAGAGUGGUGACCAGGAAGAAGAGGACCGCUGUAUGCAAAAGUGGUUUGCCCUGGUCAACGAAAAGAAUGCACUAAUCCGACGGCAAAUGCAACUUAAUUUACUGGAGAAGGAACAGGACUUGGAGAGGCGCUUCGAGAUGCUGAACGAAGAACUCCGGGCCGUGCUUCAGCUCCAAGACUGGCAGAAGACGGACGCCCAGCGUAGCCGGGAAGCCCUUCUGCUCGAGGAGCUGGUGGCCCUGGUCGACAAGCGGGACGAGCUGGUGCAACACUUGGAUUCCCAGGAAAAGGCCAUCGAGGAGGACGAGAUGAUGGCAUUGGCCACCAGGCGGCAGCGGCUUCCGCCAGAGCGCAACAACUGCAAACUACAGUGACCUCCGGUGACGAGAAACAACGAGAUGGAACGAAGGAGAGGAAGGAUAGACGCGAUGCUUCGCAGCAGCAACUUGCCUCCCGUUAUUUGUGUUUUUUCUUUUCGUCCGCCAGGCGGCGGCGCACCAGACAACAAUAAACCGUCAGCAGCCAAUUAGAAAGGGGCGUGAAACCCGAGACCCUCCUGGCGGCGGGGCCGCCUUUCCUUGCCGCGUUCGUGGCGUUAAUUGGGAAGGCGGAGGAGUGGGGAGGGUGUGCGCGCACCGUCCGCGGGCUGUAGCGACACGCUGUAGACGCCGUGGCCUACUCUUCUGCGGUGGCAUGCCUCGCAUCUGUUGGAUGACGCCCUCCCUCUCCCUCCGCUGUGUUUAGCCGCGACAUCGUUGGAGGGCGCUGCAUGCCGGCGCGCGCGGGAAUUCGUCGCUGCGAGGAACCGUGCAGUGAAGAAAAAACGCUGCGUAGUGUCGCCGAGUAUGGCGGACUCGGUGAGCCGGUGGUGGAUCGCUGUAGCGCGAUGAAAAGUUGUGCCGGAUUUUGAUGCAGAUCGCUUUCGAACUGUGUGGCGGUAGUCCAAUUGCGUUGUGUGACUGAAAACAACAAGAAAAAAAAUCUGAGAAAUUGUGGUUGUAUGAAGAAGCAACUGCUGUGUAAUGUUGGAUACAACCUUUGAAGUCUGCAACAUUCUUUCCUCAAAUGUGGAUGCAUUGUAAGCCUGCGCCAAUGUGUGGGCCGUUCAGGCUGACGUCAUCUGCUAGACGGGCAGUUACCCUGCAUUUAGAACAUUGCGUAGUGCGUGAUCGGGAUUAUUUUCUUGGUCGCCGAAGGUAUCGGCUGCCGCGAUUCGGGCACCUUGGUAAGGCCUGUUCAAGCUGAUGAACGUCACGUCAGACUGGUGUCAUAGGUCUCGUACAGGUGGCGCCGCCGUCGCAUUAUGAUUUUCAUAAGUCACGUGUUUUUGUAAAGCUGAUUGGGCUCUUGUUGAAGAUAAUCGGCCCUUGUUGAAGAUAAUCAAGAUAUGAUUUUCUCACGUGUCGGGGACGCGUCAGUCGUAGGUGUCAUUACAAAUGAAUGGGCUGAUUGGCCUUAUACAUUGCUCAUUACUCUUCCCUGUUGUCGCGAGCUGUAUUCUAUCGCAUUUCUUGUUCGGUGCUAGGCCGUUGACCCUGAGGCCGCGUGCUUGAUUCUGGCCUUGGCUGUCUCAUUGUGAUCGAAGUGAAAUUAUGAAAGUCCGUUUAUUGAGAUUUAGAAACAUGUUAAAAAACACCGGUCUUCAAAAUCUCUGGAGGUCUGCAAUACGGCGUGCUUUGGAAUCAUACCGGCGUUUCGGCUCGUAAAACACCAGAGAUGAAUUGACGCCUCAGUCAUAGUAGGGUUGAUCACAAGAUAAUGUGAUCAUGGGCGGAAUGGUAUUUUGCUACGACUAUGCGCACGCAUUGCUGUCAUAAACCUUCACCACUUUUUUGGUGCUGUAA